UCCGUCCGCCACACCGCACCGCACCGUCCGAAAAUGAGGGUCCUCAGUGUUUUAGUGUCCAGUUUCGCGUGUAUCCUCGUCGUCCGCGCCGAGCACGAGCACGAGGGCGGCAACAAGACGAAGCGCAGCCACUACGGGGACCUCGGCGGCGAGGGCCUUGACUUCGGACACGGGCACGAAACCAUCACCGUCAACAAGGAGACCGCCCACGUGGAAACAGUCCCGAUCCCCGUCGACCGCCCGUACCCCGUCCACGUGCCGGUCCCCUACCCCGUCGAAAAACACGUGCCGGUCCCGUACACCGUGGAGAAACACCUCCCGGUCCCCGUCAAAGUCCCGGUCCCCAUCAAAGUCCCGGUCCCCGUCAAAGUGCCGAUCCCGCAUCUCACGGUGGUGAGGUACAUCAAGAAGCACGUGCACGUCCCGUACCCGGUUUACAUCAAGAAACACGUGCACGUCCCGUACCCGGUCGAGAAGCUCGUCCCCGUGCCGGUCAAGGUGCCCGUCCACGUGCCGUACCCCGUCGAGAAGCCGGUGCCGUACCCGGUCGAGGUGCCGGUCAAGGAGCCCUACGCUGUUCCCGUCCCGGUUGAGAAGCCGGUCUACGUCCCGGUCAAGACCCACGAGCACGAACAGGAUCAUGGAUAUGGGGAUUUGGCGCAUUACGAGAGCGGCCACAACUACGACUCCAACGGCUGGAGUGCUGUCGGAGGACACGGCUGGUGAGCAGGCUGGUUGUCGCUUCGGGACCUGGAGUUGCAGACCCGAGGGACGAGGGUCGCCGAAGACGAUCACGCAGGGAUCCUACAACAAGAAUGGUCGAUCUCACGGUUUUUACUUGGUUCAUUUCCGGCAAGUACGACGCGUUCCUUUGAAAAUCUGUAUAGGAGGAUGUUUCGUACCCGUUUAAUGGAUCGUAUUCGAUACAUCAAGCAGGUGAGAUUGUAUCGAUAUCGAUUGGUUCGACAUAUGACCGUAGCCUCAGAAGUCAAUUGAGUGAUCUGAGGGAACGGGCUUAUAGAGAAAGUUUUUUUUUAUUCUUAUGAGUAUUUAAGGUGAUUCGACGGAAGCCAUUUUUUGUGUCAUAGCGACGUGCGAUAUAUCGCAUCAAUUCGUUCCAUAAUUACAGCUACUUGUCAUUUUGUUCAAAUUUUCAGAUCGCACUCCUGUUGUCAGGGGACUGCAGAAUUCAUACACCAAUUUUGA